CUAUCAAAACCAUUUCACCACACUAGCUAAAACUUGGCUACAACCGGUUUCUGAACAAUAAUUAUGGGUAAAUGACAACUCUAUGAGCUAAAGUUAAGAUAUGAAAUCAAUUUUGAAAAUUAUUGGACGUAAGAAAAAAGCAAAAGCCAGUAAAACAGUUCAAAAAGUAGAGGUUUCACAUUUAUUAUGACACCUAAUAAACAUGUAAGUACAAAAUCUUAAGGCAGUAAUUUUUGCCUUUUUGUAACUCCCAACUCCUACUUUCUGACACACACAGCAUAUCAUAUCUUAACCCAAACCAAAGCCUAAAACCAAGUUUUAUUUACUCAAAACUCUCAAAAACAACUAUUAGAGAGAAAGAAAAACAAGAGAUGCAGAGUUCUUGUCUCUACAGAGAAUGCAUGCGCAACCACGCGGCCAAGCUCGGCUCUUACGCUGUCGAUGGCUGCCGCGAGUACUCUCAACCAUCCACGGGAGAUCUCUGCGCCGCCUGUGGUUGCCACCGGAGCUACCACCGUCGCAUUGAAGUACAACCUUCUGGUCAAGUUACUCGCGCGCGGUUCCCUUUCACGAGCUUGAGGCGCGUGAAGCAGCUGGCGAGGCUGAAAUGGAAAGCAGCUGCGGAGGACAGAGAAGAGCAAGAAGAGCAGGAGGAGGAGGACACGGAGGAGACUUCUACGGAAGAGAGGAUGACAGUGAAGCGUCGAAGGAAGUCGAAAUUCACGGCGGAGCAAAGAGAGGCGAUGAGAGAUUACGCGGCGAAGCUGGGAUGGACGUUGAAGGAUAAGAGAGCGGUUAGAGAAGAGAUAAGUGUCUUCUGCGAAAGGAUUGGUGUUACUCGUUAUCUUUUCAAGACUUGGGUUAACAAUAACAAAAAGUUUUAUCACUAAUCAUUAACUAAAUCCUUAGUUAAAAGUAGCAUAAUUCUAGUUCCAUUUCGUUUUCACUCCUAAUGUUAUUCUUCUUGUCAUCCUUGAUGUUCUUAUUUUAAUGCAAUAAUCUUGUUACUAUUA